AUGUCGAACCUCACCCCGACCACAGCACUCAGUUCGGCAGCAUCGACCGUCACACCGCAAGUGGCGUACCUUCGAACGCUCCCGGCAGUUCGCGAACGAUGCUCCAAGAUCUUCUCCGCCGCUGCGUCCUCGCCCACCUCUGGGCUCGAGUACUUCACCUACGACCCUGCCAAAGAAGAAGCGGUGGCCGACUACUGCAUCUCGAUCAUUCUACGGGAUUUCGGUACCGACUACAGCUCCAUCCCGCCCCACGGUCGGUGGCGGCACUUUGACGUUGGGUCGAUCCCACGCAUCACGACGCUUCUUAGCGAGUGGGCCGGUGUGCAGCCGAUCUCUGGCUCGCCGCAUUCUGCAGUGAAUGUGGAGAAGCUGGCGACGGGGAGUUUGGAAGCAGCGCGGAGGUUGGUCGAUCUGUUCAUGGUUUCCGUGCUGCUGGAUGCGGGUGCAGGGACAAAGUGGAAGUACGAGGAGAAGAAGACCGGGUUGAGCUACGGUAGGUCGGAGGGCCUGGCGGUUGCUAGUCUGGACAUGUUCAAGGAAGGUAGGUUCAGCAGUGAUGAGGGGGGCGAAAGGUAUAGGGUGGAUGCGAAGGGGUUGAAGAACCUGAGCGCAGAGGUGUUGGCGAUCGACAUGCAGGUGCAUCCGCACGACAACCCGAUGACCGGACUGGAAGGAAGAUCCAACCUGCUCGUCAAGCUCGGCGAAGCGCUCGAGUCGGAUCAGCAUGGGUUCUUCCAAGGUCCACCCGGUACGCCUCCAGGCGAACGAAGACCCGGCUUCUUGGUCGACUACCUGGCAUCGCACCCCACGACGACGAAAUCCGUUAAUGCGGUCGAGGUGUCCUACCCUGUGCUGUGGGAGGUGCUGAUGUACGGACUGGCGCCCAUCUGGCCCGCGUCCCGCACGCAUCUCGACGGAGUAGCCAUGGGCGACGUCUGGCCGAACGCCACGCUCGCCUCCCUCAACUCAACCCCGCUCGGCUCAGAACCAUCUCUCGUACCCUUCCACAAGCUCUCGCAGUGGAUGUGCUACUCCCUCACGGAAGCCGUCGAGAAGACGCUCGGUUGGCGCUUCGUCGAUGCGGAACACGGGACCGGUCUACCCGAGUAUCGGAACGGCGGUCUGUUCGUUGACCUCGGAGUCCUUACCCCCACCCAAGCUUUACUGGAUGCAAGUCGGGCCGGAGCCGACGCACCAGUGCCGGAGAUCCCCGCAGAACACCCCGCCAUCGUCGAGUGGCGCGCCAUGACCGUCAUCCUCCUCGACCGUACCGCCGUCAACAUCAGAACCAAGCUCGGGGCAUCUGAAGAACAGCUCAACUUGAAACAGGUGCUGGAGGCGGCUACCUGGAAAGGUGGAAGGGAAAUCGCUCAGCAGAAAAGACCCGCUACCGGAGGUCCUCCCAUCAACGUCCUCAGCGACGGAACCGUCUUCUAG